UGCGUAUAUAUCAGUUGCAUUUAUAGGUUAAGUAUAGGAAACUGUUAAACCGUAUAUAAACCAUAUUAGAGAUAGGCUGUAUAGUUGUAGUACAGUAACAACAGCGUUAACAACAAUGCGCGCUAUGAAGUCUGAGGAUUUACGGUCAUCUAUAAAAACCUAUUCAGCACUACACUGCUAUAAAAGUAAUCAACGUGUAUCUCAUCAUUACAAUAUCGAGACAAUAGAAAAAAAUUAAACGAUGAUUUUUUGAAAAUCUUUUUAUUCGCCAUGAUGCCGACCCUGUAAUGUCGUUAUUUAGUAAGAUCGACAAGAAAUUUUUAUAAACUUUUUUGUAGAAUAAAAUUAAUAGGUAUGCCAAAAAAAGUUGAAAAAUCUGCAGACAAAGUAAGAAGUCGUAAGAAAUUUUCUAUGAGCAUAAAAAAUGGUCGACGUUGGACUUCUCUUAAAAAUCAUUUAGGAAUCCUAACUGAUGAUGAACUCAUUGAAUAUUUGCUUGCUCUUGCUGAUUCUGUGAUUGAUCAAGAAAGCAAAAACUCUCAUGGAAAUGUAGAGUUACAUAAAGAACAAUGUAUCCAAGAAAAUAAUGUGCAAUCAAAUUUUAUUCAAAGUCUUGACUCAAGAGUUUUAAAUAACAAUUUACAAAGGCGCAGUCCAAGGAAAUUUAAUAUAGAUGAUUUUUCUAAAAGUGCAUGUUGUGAAAAAUCAAAAAAUGUGUCUUGUUCUUUACAUAGCGUUGGAAAACUAAAUCAGCAAGAACAGAAAGGUUCUUCCAAAUUUCAUUUGGGAAUAACUAGGACAAAAAGACAUACAAAUAAAUCAAAAUGCCACAGAGAUAAGUUUAAAAAAAAAUAUCAAAAAAUUGAAGAUACAAAUAGUUUAGCUACUACUGGAAAUAAAAUAAUACACAGAGUGACUUUGAAGCUUGACUUAGAGAAUAGCUCUAUGAAUAAAUCUUCAGAUCUACUUGCUAAAAGUGAGACUGAAAAUAUUGGUAAUCAAUACUCUAAAGAUUCAAAUAAAAAUAGCUCAGUUAAAUUGCCAUCAAGUGAAAAUCUUGAGAUUGAUUUACAAUACAGUUCGACACCAAACAUAACGAAGAAUGGCUGUAACAACAUAGAAUCACUCAAUAAUUUCCAACCAUCAGAAUUGACUCAGCCUCUUACAGUAAGUGUUAAAAAUUUGACUAAAAAUUUAAUAGAAAAUGAAGAUAUUCCAAACAGUAAUGGAUUGAAUAACUCUUAUGAAAAUAAGAAGGAAUCCAAUAAACAAGCUUUGUCAGAAGAAUCUGACAAAGCUUAUCUAACAGAUCAAAUAUCAUCCACCUGUGACAGUGAUGAUGAAAAGUAUCAGGAAACUACUAAUAUUACAAAAAGAUUUGACGUUUCAAAGACCUCACAAAAUGAUGUAAUAACAUAUACUCAUACAGAGAUGACUCCACCACUAGUUGACUCUAAAUCUGAAGAUAAUAGUUAUGUUAUUAAGGUGGACACUGGGGCAUCGACCCUAGUAAAUAAAGUUUGUAAAAUUUGUAAUUCCAUGCAUUCACAAGAUGCAUGUACUGUGAUGAAACCAGAAUACAUAAUUGAAGAUUCCAUAUCACUUCUAAAUUGGAUAAAUAAAUACAAAAAUAAUUCUGAAGUGGUAAACAUAAUUGAUUCAAAUGAGCCAAUGUCAAAAGGAUAUUGUAAUGGAGAGAAUUAUAUUUUUGAACCCAGUGAAGAGAGAGUCAAACAGUAUGAUGCAAAAUGUGAUAUACAGUAUGAAGAAAAACAAGAGAACAUCUACCCAGAACGGCCUCUUUACUCAAGAGAAUCUCUUCCUUACUGCUUAGAAUUAAAAAUGUCAAAUAUGGAUCAUGGUCUUGGAGUAUUUACUAAAAAUUCCUUACCAGUUCAUACUCAAUUUGGUCCUCUUAUUGGACAAUUUAUCCAAGAAAUGGAUAUACCUGAUGAUUACUCUAUGAAACACAUUUGGCCGGUUUCGACGAAUAAUAAAACCCAGUAUAUAAGCACUACAAAUCCUUUAAAAAGUAAUUGGAUACGUUAUAUAAGACCAUCUGAAACUGAAGAUUCAAAAAAUGUAAAUAUUGUGAAAAAAAAUGAUCAGUUAUUCAUUAUUACUUGUAAGAUGUUAAAGGCCGGUACUGAAUUGAUUUACUGGCUGGAUUCAUAUUCGGAUUCUUGGACAAGAAAAAAUAAAAUGGAUAAAAUGAAUUGCGGAGGCUGUAAUCUAAAGUUUUCUCAUCCAAUUUACUAUCGCUUACACUGCUGUAUUUUUCAUGAUACCAAUUAUAGCCUCACGAUCAGGAAAUACCAUUGUAAGGUUUGCGGUGCUGCAGUUUUGGGAAAAGAUAACAUUAUGAAACAUGCUGCUCAAUUUCAUGCAGGUCGUGGUGCAUAUCAAUGCCAAUAUUGUAAAAAAUUUUUUUUAAGGCUCAAUUAUCUCGAAAUGCACAGAACAUAUGGUUGUUCGAAAAAUCCUCAAAGGUCCAGGCCAUUAUGUGAUUUUUGUGGUCGUAAGUUUUGUCAGCCUCAAAAACUUAAAGUUCAUAUAAAAAGGAUGCACAGUGAUGCGUCUGAAGUUCUUGAAGAAUUUCAGUGUAAGCUAUGUUCUAAAUUGCUCGGUUCUCGUGCAGCACUUCAACGGCACAUGAAAGAAGUUCACCACAAAGACGUGGUUGGUGCUGCGGCUUGCGAUCGUUGCGGCAAAACAUUCCAAAACAAAAGCAAUUUGAAAAUUCAUAUGUUGACCCAUAGUGGAGUGAAGCCUUUUAAAUGCAAAGAAAAUGAGUGCAAAGCUGCUUUUACAACAAAACAGUGUUUGCAGUUUCACUACAAAAAAGUUCAUGGGCUAAGCGACGAAAAGAUGCCAAAAAUUGAACGGUCAAUUGCUUAUACCUUUGACGCUUACAGCGGGGGCUUGGUAGAAGAUCUCGGUCGAGGCAGAAUACCGAAAUUCAAUUCUAAUGAAAAAGAGGAAUACAAUAACAGUUUCGAGCUUGAGGACGAUGACACUGAUAAAAGCCAAGAUGCAGUCAUGUCAUCAUCGCGAAAACUUAGAAAAAGAAAUAAGAAAGUGGCCAAAGAGCCUAGUUCGACUGAAUUAAAUAGACUAGAAACAGUCGAAUCCUCGGCUGAGAGCGCUGAAACCAAUUCGGAUAUUCAUGAUCGGGAAUGUACAACAGAAGAGAUUGAUAAAGUUGAUAAACAAUGGACCAACAAAUUAGAUACUGAAUCUACGGCAGUUUUGAGUCCGGAAACAUUCAAUAUCGAUACCAUUCAAAGUAAUGUACAAGAGAACGGCGAAGCUCCAUCGGCUUAUCCAAUUGUAACAAACGAGGAAAAACUUGAGACGCCUUCGUGCAAACGGCAAGAGAGUUAUAACGCGAGUUUGUUAGUUGAGGCAGCACUCGAUGCCGCUGAAAGAGACAUUGGAGUUGUUUCAAUUCCAUCUUUAGAGGAUAACGAUCAAGCAAAUGCUGAUUUAUACUCUGUUCCAAAUGAACUUGGCUUUAAAUCGACUGAUUAUCAAGUGGCGCAUGAGCCAAAUAGUUCAAACGUAGACUCUUUUGUGAACGAUGAGCUCGUAAUGGCUCCAGCGGUUAUUCCGCAUGCCAGACAGGCUUUGACCAUGAAUGCCCAAUACCGAUCGUCCGGGUAUGUUAGUAUGCCUAGUAGAUUACAUGGCAUCGAACAAUACCUAGAACAAGAAAUUUUAACGUCUCCUCGAUAUGACGAAGUCAAUAGUUUCCAUUCAAAUGCCAAUUUUCAAAUACCACCUCAACCACACCGGUUAACAGUUGAUCCGAUAUCUAGCAAUGACAGUGAUUCUGCAGUUCAAAAUUUGAGUUUAUCGGUUAAAGAUAAAAAUAUUCAACAGAUAGAGACGUCUAAAUUUGAUUAUAAACCUGAUUACAAUUUAGUAAGUAAAGCAAGAGUGAAGUUCGAGCCUUUGGUCGUGCAAAGUGCAAGAGAACAAGGGUUAGAUAUGUCAGCCAGAGGAUAUCAAAGGACGUCUGAGUCUCAAAUGCAAAACAGUAAUCAUCUUCACCAUUAUCAUCAUCACCAUCACAACCCAUACAAGACUGACGAAAAUGAACGGCAUGGUGUUGAUUUAAGCAUAUCAGCUCCCUGCGUAUCUCCUUCUUACACUUCGAUUUAUCCUUCUUAUCCUCACGUCGACGUAUCGAGAGUUGUUAAUUUAGAGCCUACGUCAAGAUCUCAUCAGCUACAUACAGCUGUCUCUCGCAUAAUAGCCAGUCCUUUACCAGAAACAUUGCUAACAUCGUUUUCAUCCGACACUACAGAAGUCCGCGUUCUACCUUCUUCGCCAUCUCCGAUAUCCACAUACAAUACAUCAAGUUAUUCUAUAGGUACCGGUUAUCACACUACUCGAUCCGGAUAUCAUUAUUGCAACUACUAUUAACGUAAACAGUAUUCAUUUGCAUAAUAUUAUUUUUCAAGAAGAAUUAUCUUCUUUAUUCUAAGGCAUGUAUACUUACGAUGUUUGCAUUUUUUCAAGGCAGAUGUCAUGCACAUCACUACUGACUUGAGCGGUCUCAACUUGAAAACGGGUACAACUAUUUGUCUUCUAUUUUUAAUUAUUUAUACAGUUUUCUUAUACUUUUUGCUUUAUUGUAGAAUUUAAUUUACUUCUUUACUUUAAGCAAGCCAAUCAACUUAGCUAGAAUUAACUUUAUAUUUUAUUACUUUAUCUUCUGACUGUGAUUAUAUGUUAGAAUAUUUUUUUACGUGAAUUUUAUUUAUUUCUAGUCAUUUUUUGCUAGUCACCGUUAACAUUUCAAUUUUAUUAAACGCUGUUGAAAUAAUGAAUCGACAUUAAAUUAUAUAUUUUUAUAAUUUUUGAUAAAUUCAAAAAUUAGAAGUAUAUUAAAAGGAUUUUUUUAUACUGAAAUAUUUAAUUGAAAGGAAAAUUAUCAUAAAAGCAGUUUCAAAUAAAUUUGUAAUGGAAAAAUCAAUGAAAAUGUAGAAUGUUGUGAAUCUGCGCGUGACCGGUGACGUCACGUAUACUUAUGCGAUCAUUUUAUUACACCUGUGAAAUU